CAGCACCAGCAGGGACUGUCUGGAGGCGUCUGGAAGGAAGGAAGGAAAGUGCUGUUUUCAUUUCAAGGGUGACAGGACCAGUAGCCAGAAGGACAAAUCUGUGCCAGUGUGAUAACCUGCAGUGAAAAGGAUGGUGGCCAUUUGUCUGGGGCUUCUGCUCAGUCUGGUCUGGAACAGCUGCGGUCUGCCCAGAAAAUCCAUGCUGACCAUCCACCCUCAGGAGCCGGUGGUGGAACACGGAGGCUCUAUCCAGCUGAACUGCUCCAUGGACUGCCCGGGGGGGAAGGUAGAAUGGCAGGGCCUUGACACCGACUUGGGGAAUAUGAUUUCCGAGGGGACGUACAGCAUCCUGACUGUGACCAAUGCACUACCGAGCAUGGAAGGCAUGAAAUUGUGCAUUGGUCAAUGCCAUUCAAAGAUUAUCCAAAAGAAAGUUGAAUUAAAAGUCUAUUCUCUCCCAGACACUCUGCACGUGGAGUCCAAGCCCAAGGUCCUGGUGGCCGGGCAGCGGGCCCGUCUCUCCUGUUCGCUGAGCGACGUGUAUCCGUCCGGCUCCCUCACACUGAGCUGGUUCCGGGGAGACGAGAGGCUGCAGGGCUCCGAGACGAAGGUGGACGACGUCGAGGGACCCGACUGGUGGCUGUUCAAUUAUCGCUCUGAACUGGAGGUCCCGGCGGCUGAGCCAGGUGCCGCCUACAGGUGUGAGGCGGAACUAGAACUCGGACCAAAGAUGAUCUCCCUAACCAGCCAGGCCGUGGUGAGCGCCCCAGCAGCACCGACGGCGGCCAGGACUACAGAGACGGCUUCUACCCUAGUGGCAACCAGAACAAGCCCCGGGGCUACUCCAGAACUACCCACCACCAUGGUCUCGGAAUCUCCAAAUGCGGCAACCACCAGUAGCUUCCAGCCUCUCCGUUCCACCCAGAACCCCACAGUCGUGGCCCCAGCAGUUACGAAUACAGCUGCCUCAUCCCCUUCCCCAACGGUUGUCGGAGACGUGGUGACGAUAUCUCAGGAAUCUGCCACCACCAAGCUGGCCACCACCACGGCCACGGCCACGUUGCCUCCGGCCACAGAGGCUGCCGCCACACUCACGGCCACUUGGCCCGCCUCUCUCUUGACAAGCCAGCAACCUGACACAGAUCCCGUUCCUACGGAGGGCUUCCCUUCCGCCACGGAAGGAGACCCCUGCCGCCCGGUGAUCACCCCUGUCCCUCGGCAAGGGGUGACGGGGGGGCCCCUCCGCAUCACGUGCCACGUGGCAGAGUGUGGCGGCGACGUCCGGAUCCGGUGGGUGCAGACCCCCGUGGAUCAGUCGCAGUACCGUCAGGAGGAAGCCAAGGGCCAAUCCACAUUGGCGGUGGAGAGCGUCAGCUUGGAACACCAGGGAGACUACCGGUGUGUCACCGUGGGCGGCCAGACCCGGAUGGCGAGUUUACGUGUCGCCGUGUCUGCUGCAACAUUCAGCACAGACUCCAUCAUCGCUGUGGGGACUGCCGGCUCUCUCUUGGGACUGAUCAUCACUGGCUACGUGUCCCGUCGAAUGAGGCAGAACAGGAGUUAGGAGUCCACCGUUCUGCCGAGAUGUGUCUCUCUCUGCGGCUUGGCAGGGCCCUUUGUGGGCAGUCCAUCUCCCUCGGGAUUGUCUGCUCUGACUGGCAGCAGCUUUUCGGGAUUUCAGAUAGAGCCCGGCUUGGAGACGCUUCGGAGUGACCCCCUGGGACUGGCUGCACUGAGCUACGGGUGCUCCUGAGAAACCUACUGCCUUCUACUGAGUCAGACCCUUGGUCUGCCUUGCUCAGUAUUGUCUGCACUGACUGGCAGCAGCUCUCCAGAGUUUCAGACCGUUCCCCGCCCCCCCCCCAUCUGGGGAUUCCAAAGAUUGAACUGUGGUCUUAUUUAGGCAAAGCAGGUGCUCUUGCCAUGAGCUACGGCCCCUGCCUUCAUAGCCCUCCAUGGUCCAGAGACAGCUCUCUCUCUCUCUCUCUCUCUCUCUCUCUCUCUCUCUCUCUCUCUCUCUCUCUCUCUCUCUCUCUCCACGUCCCAUCUUUUUCUAAACAGCAGGACUCAGGGCUGUCAAAAUAAAACUGGUUGCAUGUAAGCAGAGUACUAGCAGGGGAAGUUCUCAUGCAGCCCAGAAGGAAACAUGUGGACUUGAUCACCCACAAGGUGUGGCAAUGGCCAUUAGUCACAAUAUUUCCUUUUUUUCCCCUUCAGAAAAAAUCAAGAUGUGUUCAUGGAAAGCCUAUCCAUGACUAUUAAGUGUGCUAUCUGAGAAUGGAGCCUCCACUUGCAGAGGCUGUCUAUCUUCUAGAGUGCUAUCCUAUAGUCUGGUAUUGUGUCUCUCAAGAGCAUAAUGCUUCCCAGCCAUGGAGAUGUCUCUACAUGGGUUGCUUGUACACAAGCUCUUUAUUUUUAUUUUUUUCAGUAUGGACCUUCCAUAAAGUUCUGCUGUACAUAUUGUGUCGUUGCCCUACAUAAAUUAUGGCUCUUAUUGUAAAACUGUGCCCUCGGCCCUCCACGUAGUUGCUCAGUUCUAUGUGAUUGGAUUCUAACCAGCCUAAUCUAGACAUCUUGAACUUUCUAAUCUGUGUUUGAACUUUCAAAUUCCUGGGUCUUCAUAAAGACAAAAGCCCGCACAGGAAGCAUGAUCACAGAGAAAUGAUAUCUUCACUCCCAGCAGUCAGAACAUUCACAGACAUUCUGUGACAUCACAGAAACCCAACCAAUGGCUUCGAAGCCUCAUGAGUAACAGGCAACAGCCAGGUUAUUCCAACAAUAUUGUUUAUUGGAUGUGUUUGAAUACAAUUAGGAUUGUUGUCUAGUCCAAGUUUCCCCUUUUAUGUAACAAAAUAGCAAAGGUAGAAUUUGUUUCUAUUUGUGUUUCACUGAAAAAUCUCAAAUAUAUAUAAUAUACAUAUGGUUUGAUCAUACAGAAGAUCUUUAAUAUUGUCUUUGGAGUACACCACUUUUUCUAUAUAGUCCUCUCAAAAAUAAAACUGAAUUUAACUCCCC